CUCAGGCAGUUUACCUGCCGAGGUAAAGGGGUAGAGGACUCAGGCAGUUAGACUGCCGAGGUAAAGCCUAUGCUUCAUAGAUCGAGAAGAUCGACGGUCUUUCCAGUCUGCAAGACAUUACUUCGUUGAAGCUUGAUAACCUACAUGUACUACUAGUAGCUAGCUAGCACCAACAUGUACAGAAGAUGUCUUCACAGCCUUAUCAAACGAUCGUGGCCACCAGUGUUGAGACCCCCUGGGAGGCAAUUAUCUUCACUGAGCAGUGACAGGGGUAUCCCGCUUCAUUAUGAUUGGGUCCAUCCACCCGAAACACAAGAAUUGGACCAUGUGGUGCUCUUUCUCCACGGUCUGCUGGGAAAUGGCCGUAAUGUGAGGACCAUGGCCAAGAAACUAUGUGAUGCAUCGCAACGACCAGGAGUACUUCUCGAUGUACGAGGCCAUGGCAAUUCCAAAGUAGUGCAAAGCGCCACUACUAGCAGUACCUUUGCAAGCUGCGUGCAAGACGUGCAUCAAACACUCGAGGCCAUGGUUCCACAAGUCCACCCAGAAACUGAAAUAACUCUUGUGGGACAUUCGUUGGGGGGGCGCAUCUCGCUGCAAUAUGCACACAAUCAUGUCACAACAAAAAGCAACAACAACAACAAUAGCAACAAUCCACUGCAACGCAUCUGGUUGCUGGAUACGGUCCCGGGAGAAGCCAAUGAUGCUGUCGAACGGGUCGUCGGAGCCGUCACGGACAUUUCCUCCAAAGCACCCAUUACCGACAAGAAACAACUCGUCCAACAAUUGACCACCGACUAUAAAAUUGACAAGGGCACGGCACAAUGGUUGGCUUCCUCGUUGCAAAAAAAGACAAAGACGGACGAGUUGCAAUUCAGUUUUGAUUUGACUGUCGUUAAUGAUUUGUUGACGAAUUUUCAUGAGCAAGAUUUUAUGCAAUUGCUACAGGAAAUUCUAGAGACAAAUACUGUCACGGUGGAUUUGGUACGAGGAGGAAAAAACAAAGGUUGGACUGAAGCUAAUUUGGCACCACUGCGACAACUCCAACAAGAAUAUCCCAGCAACUUUGGAAUGCACGAAUUGCCAAAGGCAGGUCAUUGGGUCCAUGUCGAUGAUUUGCCGGGAUUAUUGGAUGUGAUGGAGGUAUAAGUAAUUUUGAAUAAUGGAUUGAGUCUGGCUAUCUAGUCGAGUGCAGAAGAUGAAACAUGUCAAGAAACAUUGUUCUUCUUUACGGUACAUGUACUACCGAUGUAGCGUGGUCUGUGUUUUGUUGCCAAAGCGCAGCCUGUAGUCCCACAAUCAUCAGUGUCAAUUAAUAAUUAUGGAGAUCUUGAAAAGCCCGAGGUAGUGUUGUGGUCUUCACUGCACUGAGAA